AGUGGGUUUGUGGAAUUGUGUGUGCGCAUCUGUUUACUUUUGCUGCUAAAAAAACAAAAAAACCCAGCAACAACCACCAGAAACCUUAGCGCCAAGCAACUUAUUAUAGGUUGCCUGAACUCCAAAUAUCUCCUGCUUGAAGGAAACUGAGUAAUGAAGGCUGAAUGCAAUUUCCUGUGGAAGAGGCUGGAGGCAGAGCUUACGGGGCGAGGGGGAGAGGCAGAAACUUGUCCAUUUGCAACCAAACAGUGCAAUAAAGGACAAGCUGCGGAGAUAAAGGAGUGAAGCAAAGCGCCCCCCGCCCCCAAUUUCUCAUGAAGUGUGUGAAAGACUCUUAAUAACGGGGCAGAGAGCGGAAGCCAAAAGUUGUGCUUUGAGUUUGAGCCCAAUUUAAAAGGGGCUGAAUUGCUGGCAGCGCGAGAGAAACUUGUAUGGAGAAGACAGUAAGAUGACCCUCGGCUUGUGGGAGCGCCGUUAAACGAUUCACCCAAAGGCUCAGUCCGAUGUCCCAGGUGAGAAGCGAGCCGUCCAGCCGCUCUGACUCGCUCCAUGGAGACCCCCAGGUGGAUCCGGCGCCCUUCCCAUCCCCCAGCGCAGGCCAAGAUACAAACUCGUGCCCUUCCUCCAUGCCGAAUUCAGCGGUAGCACCAACUACUCCAAAGUUGCCAACCUCAGCUCUUCAUUGUCAUAAUCAGACCACAGAUGUGAAGGAAGAAAACCCAUCACAAGAACACUCAGCAUCUUGUAGGUCCCUGGUGAACGGAACAGCACCCUCCAAGAGGAAAUCUGAGGACGACUCUGCAGCAGCGAGAGAAGCUAUAACACGUCAGCCCCAAAGCCGUGUAACUGUCCGGACCCCUCCAACCUCAACACUGAUUCCCCUGCUGCAGAAUGGUGUUGGGCAUGUGUCAGACCUCAGUGCUUCUAACGGUGAAGCCUUGUGCUCUGAACUCAGCUCACUGUCAGGCUCCCAGAAGCCUCAUCGGAAGCUACAGUCUCAUCACUCCAUCAACAGCCAGAUCAGUAAAAAGAGCAAAGGCAGCUCCAAAUCUGCAUCAUCUCAGAUACCUACUGAGGCACAGGAAGAUUGCUGUGUCCACUGCAUCCUCUCCUGCCUCUUCUGCGAGUUCCUGACCCUCUGCAACAUCAUGCUGGACUGUGCCACUUGUGGCUCCUGCAGCUCCGAGGAUUCUUGCAUCUGCUGCUGCUGCUGCGGCUCUGGGGAAUGCGCCGAUUGCGACCUGCCAUGUGACAUGGACUGCGGCAUUAUCGAUGCAUGCUGUGAGUCUGCUGACUGCCUUGAGAUCUGCAUGGAGUGCUGUGGCCUGUGCUUCUCCUCCUGAGACAUGCAGCCAGAUCUCAUUCCCUGAAUAGAAACUGAAUGUGCGGGAAACCUUGGCAAUGAGGUCUCUUCACUGUUCUCCCCCACCAUCCAAUAAUCUGAAUCCAAA